CAUUUAAGUAUGAGCUAGGGACCUAAUUGUGAGAAAAUAAUAUUGUUGAGCUUAAUCAUAAAGUUUUCAAACUUGAGGGACUUAAAAGAGAAAAGAAUUAGGAUAAGGAUCACCUGAUUUUUUUUCCUUCUUUCUUUCUUCCUCAGCCGCGUGUUUCUGCUCUUCUUCUUCUCCCCUAAAGCCGAACAAGAAGCCAAGCCCGACAACACCCACCCCUUGAGAAACGGUAAAAAGCUUGAUUUCUUUCCCUUCUUUUCUUGUUCAAGAACAAGAUUUAGAACUUAGAAAUCUUCCCCUCUGUAGCAAAUUUCCAGAUCUGCCUUGUUCUGUCCCCUCCGUCUGUUGCUCUGCUGUGUGAGUGUGAUUUUUUCAAGUUUCUGGUAAGGGAAACAACCACUAAUUCCUCUUUUCUCCUUUGAUUUGGCUUGGGUUUACUCUAAUUUCUUUUGGUUUCUCCCAAUUUCCGGUAGAUCCCCAAAAUUUCUCCUGCACUUUCCCCCGGCUUCCCCCAACCCGCCAGCUCUGGUUUGCUUGCUGAAUUUUCUGGUUUUUGGUCCCAGAAGUGGAAACUUGCCAGGAAAUUCUAAUUUGGGGCACUUGAUUAAUAGUCUAUGAACCUUCUAUGUGGUUAUAGAUGGCUCCAAAAUGGCAUGGGUGCUCGAGGGGUGGCCAUAAGGAUCAAGGCACUCCUCCAAUACCAACUGCUAGCCCCUCUGCCCAAGCUGCUCCUCAAGAGGGAGGGAUGAGUAACCCUCAAAUGGUCAUUUUUGUUCAGGCAUUUAUGGCAAAGAUGAGAUGCCAAGUAUCUUCUACCGCGAGUGUGCCACCUCAAUCCCUAGUGGUUUCCACUCCUACGGCCCCUGCUCCUAUUUUUCCUGCUCUUAUAUCUUCUGCUCCUGCUGUGCCUAGCUGGAAGGUGGGGUCAUGGAUUACUGAGGUGGAGAGGGGAUUUCGCCUACUGAAGAUCUUUGAUGACCUUAAGGUCGAUGUGGGCAGUUAUAUGCUUACAGGUGAAGCAUUGACUUGGUGGGAGAGUUACUUGAAGCUACACCAAGGAGAGCCUGAAUUGAGCACCUGGGAUGAGCAGUACAAGAAGAAGUUUGACCGCUAUCUGCCUUUUGUGGGUAGUCAAGUUGGGGAUGAGCAAGCCAAAACUGAUAGAUUUUUAUGGGGCUUGAAUCUUGACAUUUAUCUCGUGGUGAAUCAAUUCAAACCCGCCACUUAUAAAGAGGCGGUGGAUAGAGCCAUAGAUCAGGAGAAGGCUAUGGCUAGAGUCAAGACACCAGAUCCGCAUCAGCAGCCCAGCGUACUCAUCCUGCUCCACCUAUUUGCCCCACUUGUGGAAGAGUUGGGCACACUCGCAACCAAUGUCACAUUAAUACUGGGGCUUGCUUCAGAUGGGACACAGAAACAGAAUGUCGGGGUUAAGAUAAGAGCCCAACAGGCGAGAGUGCACGUGAUGACUCACAAGGAAGUUGCGGCUACCGACGUAAUCACGAGUACUUUACCUAUCAAUUCUGAUUAUGCAUAUGUUUUAUUUGAUUCAGAUAGGAAGAUUGAAUUUGCUAUUGAUCUUGUUCCUGGCACCGGAUCUAUUUCCAAAGCCUCGUACCGUAUGGCCCCUGUGGAGUUGAAGGAAUUAAAGCUUAAGGGUGCCCAAGUGUUUUCUAAGAUUGAUCUCCGAUCUGGCUACCAUCAGCUGAAGAUUAAACCUGAUGAUGUGCCAAAGACUGCUUUCCGUACCCGCUGUGGUCACUAUGAAUUCUUGGUUAUGCCUUUUGGCUUAACAAAUGCCCCUACAAGAUUUAUGGAUUUGAUGAAUCGGGUAUUUAGCAAGUACCUAGAUAAGUUUGUGGUUGUCUUUAUUGAUGACAUUUUGAUUUACUCUUCUAGCCAUGCUCUUCAUGAAAAGCAAUUAAGGACAGUUCUCGAGACAUUGAGAAGUGAGAGGCUGUUUACUAAAUUUAAGAAGUGUGAAGUUUGGCUAGAUAAUGUUGCAUUCCUAGGUCACGUUGUGACUAAGGAUGGAAUCUCCAUUGACCCCCAAAAGAUUGAGGCCGUGGUGGAUUGCAAAAGGCCGAAUAGUGUUGCAGAAGUCCGUAGCUUUCUUGGAUUGGUUGGUUAUUACCACCGAUUUGUGGGGGAUUUCUCUAGAAUUGCUCUGCCAAUGACCCGUCUGAUCAGGAAGGACACCAAAUUUGAGUGGAUUCCAGAGUGUGAGAAAAGCUUUUUGACCCUUAAAGAGAAACUGGUCACUGCUCCUGGACUCGCACUUCCCAUCAAUGGGGAAGGAUUCACUAUAUAUAGUGAUGCUUCUAAAAAGGGUUUAGGAUGUGUCUUGAUGCAAAAAGAUAAGUCGAGAGUGGACAGUACUACAGCUUAUCUAGCUGCUCUCAGUGCACAACCGACAUUAAUUGAUAGAAUUAAAGUUGCCCAACAAAAAUAUCCCUUAUUGCAAAGGCUGUGUGUGCCAAGAGAUCAUGCUUUAAGGCAUGAGAUCAUGGGAGAUGCCCAUAAUAUUAGUUACACAGUUCACCCAGUUACCAAUCCAACAUCCGCAUGGCACCGUUUGAGGCUUUGUAUGGUCAAAGGUGUAGAUCACCUAUUUGCUGGGCAGAGGCAGAAAAGCUAUGCAGAUAGAAGGAGACAAGACCUUGAGUUUGAAGUCGGUGACCAUGUAUUUUUGAAUGUGUCACCCACUCGAGAUGUCCUCAGGUUUAGCAUCCAGGGAAAAUUGAGUCUGAGGUAUAUUGGAUCAUAUCUUAUCCUGCAAAGGGUUGGCGAGGUAGCUUACCAAUUGAAGUUGCUUGGAAAUUUAGCGAGUGUUCAUGAUGUGUUCCAUGUGUCUUUACUUCGGAAGUAUAUUCCCGACUUGAGCCACAUCAUUGAUCCCGAACCCAUUCAGCUUCGAGAAGGUCUCACUUAUGAUGAGCACCCGAUCCGUAUUUUAGAUUUUAAGGAGAGGCCGCGUGUUUCUGCUCUUCUUCUUCUCCUCUGCAACCGAACAAGAAGCCAAGCCAGACAACACCCACCUCUUGAGAAACGAUCUGCCUUGUUCUUUCCCCUCCGUCCGCUGCUUUGCUGUGUGGGUGUGAUUUUUUCAGGUUUCUGGUAAGGGAAACAGCCACUAAUUCCUCUUUUCUCCUUUGAUUUGGCUUGGGUUUACUAUAAUUUCUUUUGGUUUCUCCCAAUUUUCAAUAGAUCCCCAAAAUUUCUCAUACACUUCCCCUCGGUUUCCCCCAACCCGCCAGCUCCGAUUUGCUUGCUGAAUUUUCUGGUAUGUGACAGCUUCAUCUAAGUCCCAAAUUACCCAUUAGUUGCUGAAUUUAGUCUAGUUAAUUGCUGCCCUUGUGCUGUCCGAAUUUCUGCUAAAAUAGGGGAUAAAUUUCGAUAGCAAUUAGGACAAAAUUAAGCUUAAUUCAUGUAGAAUUUAUGUGAUUUGGUAUUAAUUAGCUGCUGUGAGGGAGUGAGAUCGAAGGCACGGUUAACCAGGGGAGUGACGAGCUAAAAGGCUAGUCAGUAUUUUGGACUUGGAUCCUUUUUGGGCUUGGGCUGUUAACCACACAUGCUUAGUUAUAGCCAUGAUUGUCUUAUAAACUUUUGUACAUCUA